AUGCGGGAGGCUGAAAAGACGUUUUGCAUCCUUCAAGAGGCACUGGGAAAGGCCGUGAAGUUUUUUUCGACCGGUGUUACGGUGGAUGGAGUCCCGCUCACGCAACAACAGGCCGUCGAUGUAUUGGAUGUGUACGACACUCUCCUGGAUGCGGAAGAGCCAGAGUCGUAUGAUGCCCGUCGCUACAUCCUGUGUCGUUCUCUUGAAUGUGGUUUUAUGCGAUUCCUUGCAGAAAUUUUAACCCAACCGUUUCAGCAUCUGCAUGAGUUUGAUGCCCAGGUGACGCAGCCGUUUUUGCCGUUUCGAAUGAAGGCUGUUAAGGCUCUGCAGCGGCUCUUAUUGGCAUGUAGCGACAUGGGAGAGGACUCAUGUGUUUCCUGCUUUCGUGUCGCAGUGGAGGAGGAGAUAAUACCGCUACUUCUUCGAGCACUGUCCGAGUCGCCGUAUGAGCCAUUGCGACUGGGUGCGGCAGAGACGCUGUUUAUUUUUAUUUUGCGCAUAAGCCACGGGCGCACAGGGUUUGUCUCCACCGGUGGCGUCAACGCCAUGUGUCGUUCGCUGAUGGGUGAUGGCAGCCACACUGUUCGAAGUAUGUGCGCAAGUAUACUUCGUGAAUUGGUGAACACACACGUCGCCGAGUUCAACAACCCUACAACAGUGAAGGUAAUUCUAAAGAGCCUGGAAGAUACUUCUGCGGAUGUACGAACUCUCGGCGUGGAGAUUUUGGAGCAAACCUUACGAAUUUGUACGAGCAGCAUCGCAUAUGUCUUACAGGAUUCUCAAAGUGUCUUGUUGCCAUUACGACGUAUUUUGGAUGACGACCCCAGCGUGGAGGUGGUGGUGUCGGCUGCACGCCUAUUGGAGACGUGUUGUGAGGUGGCGGACAUGAUGCAUCUUCACACUUUUUUUAAGUUUGUCGUGUCCAUGGGUCUUGUGAAGGUCUUGCUGCUUCGAAUACGCGACGGGGGCGAAGCCGGUGCUGCACGCGCACGAGGCCUGCGUCUGCUGAUUCAGCACACACCGGCUUCCUAUGAGCUUCCGCGGCAAAUCUUUCACGACACGGAGGUGCUUGCCGUGCUGUUGAAAGGAAUUGUGGACGCGGGACGUGGCCGCACCACUCCUGGGGAAGAAUUUGCCGCCUUUCAAAUAAAGAGUCUGGAGCUGGCGAUUUGUGUUGCCAUUAUUCUGACGCAGUCCCCGGAAUACCGCGAGGUACUCGUGGAGGAACUGAAGGAGUACCCACAGUGGGCUGCAGCGAUUAAGAACGCCGUGAUUUCGCUUCUUAAUGCGGCGUCUUUGGAAUAUUUUGUCAACAUUGAGUUGCGGGACGUAACUGGGCACCAUCUCAAUGCGCUGCAUGGGGUCCCAUGGGAAGCUGACAACACACCGCAGCGGGUGUACAUUUAUCGGCUUUUCCAAGAGCAGGCGCAACGUGUAAUCAUGUUGCGGGAAAACGCAUUGAUCGAUGAGGAGGCCCCGUCUUCUUCUCGAGCAGAUGUCCGUGACAUUUUGGAAGAGGAAAAGCAGGGAAAGAAAGUGCGUCUGACUUUUAUUUUGCUGGUUUUUGCCACGAACAUUACAUUUCCCGUGGAGAGUCAGGCGGCAGUGAAGGAGGUGGCUGACGAGCCGCCCUCUCCACAACCACGUCCUGAAAGUCGUGCGGUGCCGAGAUUUCCGCCAUCGACGCUGGCGGGAAGCAAACAUCGUGAACAUGUGCUCUCUUCCAACGGCCUUGUAAGCCCCACCAAGUGGAGGAAUAAAAUUCAGAGCAAAAAGCUGCCGGAUGAAAAGGAGGCAAUGGCCAUUGCGUACGACAAGUUUAAUUCCUCCAUGUCUUUUGUAAUGAAGUUUGCACAACAAUUUGGAAAGACGAAGCAAAAGGCGGACGAUGUCGUGGAGACGGAAGACGGUUAUUUCCUGCGCAUGUCACGUUUGAAGAAUCCCUGGCAUGCCAUUGUGAAGCAUCAGAAGUUAAAGACAUGGCAGGUAAAAGACUUGAGGGUGGGGGAUCUCUUUUACUUUUCAAUACCGUUUGAUGAGAUCGGAAUAAAGGCCUUGGAUGUUGUUCUGUACAAGGCUCGUCGGCACAUGAUGUAUCUCAAGAAGGAGCUGCUGAUAACACCUCACAACAGCAAGGGCCGUCGAUGGUUUUUGGAUGACAUGGCAAGAAAUAUUAUGCCAAAAGCUCUGGACUACCUCGAGGAUCUCAAGGAACUCAUUCAAAGUCGGGGAGCUGAUGGUGUCCGUUUUCCCAUUUUUCUCUUUCGCGAGAAGGAGCUGCACUUUGGCGAACGGGCCCUACACCCAGGUAACAUUGUGGAGGUUUUGGAUCAAAUUGGCUUUUACUUCUCACAGAGCUUGGAUAAAAUUGUUGGGGUGGAUAAGUCCCGCCUGCAGCAGCUCGCCGAACAAUUGGACAAUAUCGAGGGGAAUGCAGACAUGCCGGACACCUCCAUACAUUUUUGUUCUGUUGGCCCGCAUGAUACAACCGCUGAAGGGAUGAAAUUGGAUACGGAAGAAGCAAACGAGGAGGAUUAUGACGGUGGCUACGGGCAUGGAACGAUUAGCUCUGACACCGAGUCAGACUUUUAG